AUGAAAACGGCUGCUUGUUACCGGCAGCAACGGGACCCUGAGAAAAACCCCACAUCUGGGCUCAGGAUCAGUCUGACCCUUGUCAGUGACGCUGUGCCAACGCACCUCCGGAGUCAACUCCGGAGCCAACUGCCUCUCUCUCUCUGUCUCUCUCUCUCUGUCUGUCUGUCGAGUGAGUGUUUUUUCUUUUCACAGCAGUUGUCAUGAAUUGUAAUGAUGAAUGAGUGUUCGGUAGAGCGCGAGAGCUGGUCGAACAUUCUCAUAAGUUUAAUGCUUAUCGUGGAUGUGUGUGUUUGGGACGUCACUUGAUGAUGCCGAUGAUAUACUGUAGGUGGUAAAAGACAAAGCGAUGAGGGGAAGAAAAUUGAAAAAAAUAUAUAAUAAUGUCAGGAUUAUGUGAUAAGAUGGGAUAGUCCUGUAGAAGCAGGAGAUGAUCGCUCAGACAGGAUGUAGAUGACCUGUACACAGGAAGUGCUAGUGUUUUGGUUUGACCCCGGUCGCAGCAGAGGAAAGGAAACCGGUCCAGAGCUGCUCUCAGAACAAAGAGGGUGAUGGAAGUUAACCUCUACAUCACACUUUCUGACCUCUGCAUUUCGACUGCCAUCCUCCCUCUAUAUCUCUCUCCCCCUCCCUCCCCUGUCCUUGUUACCUCACUCUGGCUCUGUAUGGUUAAGAGCGUGAAGGCAGCAUGCCAGAGUAGGGCAGUGGCGGUCAUUACAUUUUGUCAGCCGGUGAUUGUCAUGCCUACAUCAUAACAAUAAAUCCAUUAUUUAUUUUAGGCAGGUUUAAAGAAACAUGAUGUGAAGAAAAUGUAGCUUAUUUCAGAAGAACAGAAUAGCAUAUUCUGAGUCGUCCUUAUGUUAGGCCCUGAUCUGGCUAUGCCAUAUGGCUGUGGGCUACACUAGUUCAGUUAGCAGCCAAGAUUUGCUUAUAAUUUCCGUGGCAUUAUUUUAUAGUAAGAAGAAUACAAUUGAACAUAGCUGAAUAAAAUAGAAAGGAUAUUUUCCCCAAAUGAUUUCCAAGGGAGUGUGCGCACAUGCGGCUAUUCUGUGUUGAGUAGUUAACAAAGAAACAGGUCCUUCUAUAACUUAAUUUAGUUAUUUAUGCAAUGUUAGUUGUGAUACAAACGUUAGGCUCUAUGUUUUGAUUUGUAAUACAUUCUAAGGCUGCAUGAUGCGACUAAUGAUGUUUUGAAAAAAGUUGCAUGAAAGGCAUGAGCUCUGAUUUGUUUCUUGUGCAGGCUGCACACACUUCAUCAGUUUCUAAUUCACAAUUUGACAAGCACUUGAUAAUAUUUUCACCCAUCAGACUGUUCUCAGUUUAAUCUGGUCUUUACCUACCAAUAUAUCAAAUCAAAUGUAUUUAUAAAGCCCUUUUUAAAUCACAAGAUGUUUAUACAGAAACUCAGCCUUAAACCCCAAAGAGCAAGCAAUGCAGAUGUAGAAACACGGUGGUAGCAAAAACUCCCUAGAAAGGCAGAGACCUAGGAAGAAACCUAGAGAGGACCAGGCUGCCCAUGUUGACUCCAAUGCUUCCCACAGUUGUCAAGUUUGCUGGAUGUCCUUUUGGGUGGUGGACAAUUCUUGAUACACACUGGAAAUGGUUGAGCAUGAAAAAUCCAGCAGCGUUGCAGUUCUUGACACAAACUGGUGCGCCUGGCACCUACCACCAUACCCCGUUCAAAGGCACUUAAAUGUUUUGUCUUGCCAAUUCAACCUCUGAAUGGCACACACACAAUCCAUGUCUCAAUUGUCUCAAGGCUUAAAAAUCUUCUCCCCUUCAUUUACAUUUUAGUCAUUUAGCAGACAUCUACACUGAUUGAAGUGGAUUUAAGUGAUAUCAAUAAGGGAUCAUAGCUUUUUCUGGUCAGUCUAUGUCAUGGAAAGAACAGGUGUUCUUAAUGUUUUGUAUACUCAGUGUAUAUGUGGAAUAAUUCUUUAUUUACAAUGGCCCACAAAAUAAACGUCAGCCAUAUCCUGCACUCGAAUGGAGGUAAUGUGUGGUUACGUUUUUAAUAUGCCAGGUUUCAUUAGACUCUCUGUAGGCUAUGGGCUGUACAAAUGUGUUCCAGGGGUCCUAAGCAUACAGAUUACGUUUGAAGUUAUUUGGCCACUUUAGUUGUGAUACAAACCUUAACAAAACAUAUAGGCCUAUGGGCUAGGCUACAUGAUGCAUGUGACUUUGAUUUGGAAAAGUCGCAGAAAUAUGGCAUGCGCUGUUUCUUGCCUUAGACUGCACACGCUGGGCAUCAUUCACAAGUGAUAAUAUUCUCACCCAACCGACUAUUCUCAAUUUUGUCUUAUCUUUACAUACACUAAAUAAUAUAUGUGCAAAUUAGUUUAGAUUUAGAAUGGGCCAUUAUCAUGCACCUGUUGGAACAGGGGCUUUGGAAAAAAAGACAUGUCAUCCGUAUACACUUGAAUAGCGAAUGGAGGACGCUUUUCCCACAGUUCAUUUUUAUUCCAGUCAGGUAGGCUACUCCAGUUAUAAAGCAAAGCAAUGUGCUUAAUAAUAGGAAAGUAGAGAAAUAUAUAGUAUAUAAUAGGCCUAGCUUAUAGAAAGCUGAUGGGAUCCUCCUCUUUUUAAUAGAGGCCAUCAAAACUCUGUUUUCUCACGCAAUUGCACAGCAUAGCCUAUAGAAAUGUUGCUCAACAUGGGGCUAUAGGAACACUUAUUUAAUUCCAUGCAUCAACCAGCUAUGAGGAGCUGGCUCUAGCUGCGCAACAGGUGAUCCUAUUCCGCUCAAACUCUGAAUGCCAGGGCUCUCAUUAAGUGUUUGAUUGAUUUCCGAUUUCAUUUGCAUUGAUGUCGGAGUGAUUAGAGGGACAAUAGAGCAUGGAGUACCAGACCAUUAGCGACAGGCCAUUAGCGACUGACCGUUAGCAAGUUUGGUAGGCCACUAAUGACCAUCAGCAGCAUCAGAGCGCAGUUUUGGAGAAGCCUAGUUACCGUGACUCAGCGGUCACGUGGAAUUUGACUGUGGUCAUGACUUGUGACUCCGGUCAUGCUUCGUGACUGCCAAUGUAGCGGUAAUACGGUUAACUGUAACAGCCCUACGCCAGGGUUGUGCGUUCGAUUCCUGCUGGGGCCACUAAUGCGAAAGUGUUUGCACUCACUGUUGUAAAUCGCUUUGGAUGAAAGCCUCUGCUAAAUGGCAUGUAUUAUUAUAUAGUAUGUCUCUUCCUCCUCUCCUUCUUUUGCUAUUCUCUUCUAUGUCUCCCUCCUCCCCCCUCUGUCUCCCUCCUCCCCCCUCUAUCUCUCUCUCCAUCCCUUGUUCCCCUUGAGUCUGGCUAGAAAAGCUUUUGUGGAUAAUUGAUCGGCAGAAGGAGGGGAUCGAUGCCGCUCGUCUUGAGUGAGAGCCUCAUUUCCUACCGCCUCUCCCUGUCUCGGGAUUUGUCUUUGUCUCCUCUCUAGCUCCCUCACUGUCUGUCCACACCCUUGUCCUCUCCAUGUCUGUGGGAAAGGCAUGGAUUGCAGAGAGAGGGGAGGAUGAUAAGCAAAGAGGGGAGGAGAAAGAGAGGGAUGAUGAACACAUGGGACCAGAGUUCAUUAAGUCAUUUUUAUGGAUCUUGAACUAUAGUAGCCCCAGUAGGACACAAGGCACCGGAGCACUUUCUGAGUUUCAUUGAUAGUGCUUAUGAUAUGUCUCGGUGGGGGGGGUACACAAGGCCAGGCCACUAAUAGUCUCCACUGUCUGUUGUUUCAUUACUACACAAUCUCUGCAUAGAACACUGCUUCUGACAGCACUCUCUUUUGGAAGUACUUACGCAGAGGCUAUAGGAGGACUUGUGUUGUUAUUGAUGUCUGGGAGGGUGUGUUCUGACUGAGUUGGAUUGAUGAAAAAUGUAAUGUUGAAAGCAUCAGGUGGAUAAAGUGUACUGAAUCUCUCUUCUCUCCCUCUUCUCUCCCUCUUCUCUCUCUCUCUCUCUCUCCCUAUUCUCUCUCUCUCUCUCUCUCUCUCUCUCUUUCUCUCUUUCUCUCUUUCUCUCUUUCUCUCUCUCUCUCUUUCUCUCUUUCUCUCUCGUGUGUCUCUCUUCUCUCUCUCUCUCUCUGUCUCAGGUAUCACUACUGAAGGGAUCUACAGGGUGAGUGGGAACAAGUCAGAGAUGGAGAGCAUGCAGAGGCAGUUUGACCAGGGUGAGUCACCAGAACCUCUCUUUUGACCGUAAACAUUCAAUACAACACACACAUAUACAGUGAGGGGAAAAAAGUAUUUGAUCCCCUGCUGAUUUUGUACGUUUGCCCACUGACAAAGAAAUGAUCAGUUUAUAAUUUUAAUGGUAGGUUUAUUUGAACAGUGAGAGACAGAAUAACAACAAAAAAAUCCAGAAAAGCACAUGUCAAAAAUUUUAUAAAUUGAUUUGCAUUUUAAUGAGGGAAAUAUGUAUUUGACCCCCUCUCAAUCAGAAAGAUUUCUGGCUCCCAGGUGUCUUUUAUACAGGUGACGAGCUGAGAUUAGGAGCACUAAUCUCAGUUUGUUACCUAAUCUCAGUUUGUUACCUGUAUAAAAGACACCUGUCCACAGAAGCAAUCAAUCAAUCAGAUUCCAAACUCUCCACCAUGGCCAAGACCAAAGAGCUCUCCAAGGAUGUCAGGGACAAGAUUGUAGACCUACACAAGGCUGGAAUGGCCUACAAGACCAUCGCCAAGCAGCUUGGUGAGAAGGUGACAACAGUUGGUGCGAUUAUUCACAAAUGGAAGAAACACAAAAUAACUGUCUAUCUCCCUCGGCCUGGGACUCCAGGCAAGAUCUCACUUCGUGGAGUUGCAAUGAUCAUGAGAACGGUGAGGAAUCAACCCAGAACUACACGGGAGGAUCUUGUCAAUGAUCUCAAGGUAGAUGGGACCAUAGUCACCAAGAAAACAAUUGGUAACACACUACGCCGUGAAGGACUGAAAUCCUGCAGCGCCCGCAAGGUCCCCCUGCUCAAGAAAGCACAUAUACAGGCCCGUCUGAAGUUUGCCAAUGAACAUCUGAAUGAUUCAGAGGAGAACUGGGUGAAAGUGUUGUGGUCAGAUGAGACCAAAAUGGAGCUCUUUGGCAUCAACUCAACUCGCCGUGUUUGGAGGAGGAGGAAUGCUGCCUAUGACCCCAAGAACACCAUCCCCACCAUCAAACAUGGUGGUGGAAACAUUAUGCUUUGGGGUAUUUUUCUGCUAAGGGGACAGGACAACUUCACAGCAUCAAAGGGACGAUGGACGGGGUCAUGUACCGUCAAAUCUUGGGUGAGAACCUCCUUCCCUCAGCCAGGGCAUUGAAAAUGGGUCAUGGAUGGGUAUUCCAGCAUGACAAUGACCCAAAACACAUGGCCAAGGCAACAAAGGAGUUGCUCAAGAAGAAGCACAUUAAGGUCCUGGAGUGGCCUAGCCAGUCUCCAGACCUUAAUCCCAUAGAAAAUAUGUGGAGGGAGCUGAAGGUUCGAGUUGCCAAACGUCAGGCUCGAAACCUUAAUGACUUGGAGAAGAUCUGCAAAGAGGAGUGGGACAAAAUCCCUCCUGAGAUGUGUGCAAACCUGGUGGCCAACUACAAGAAACAUCUGACCUCUGUGAUUGCCAACAAGGGUUUUGCCACCAAGUACUAAGUCAUGUUUUGCAGAGGGGUCAAAUACUUAUUUCCCUCAUUAAAAUGCAAAUCAAUUUAUAACAUUUUUGACAUGCGUUUUUCUGGAUUUUUUUGUUGUGAUUUUGUCUCUCACUGUUCAAAUUAACCUACCAUUAAAAUUAUAGACUGAUCAUGUCUUUGUCAGUGGGCAAACGUACAAAAUCAGCAGGGGAUCAAACACUUUUUUCCCUCACUGUACACACACACACCAACAAUAUGAAUGAUCAACAGUAUGCUACAAUGUACACUCACAGCCAGUUUAUUAGGUACCUCGUUCACGAAAAUGGUUUGCUCCUACAGACCGUGAGUCAUGUGGCCGUGGCUUGCUAUAUAAAGCAGGCAGACAAGUAUCGAGGCAUUCAGUUACUGUUCGAUUGAACGUUAGAAUGGGCAAAACAUGUGACUUUGAGUGUGGUAUGAUCAUCGGUGCCAGGCGCGCCGGUUCCAGUAUCUCAGAAACUGCUAUCCUACUGGGCUUUUCACGCACGACAGUGUCUAGGGCAGGGUUUCCCAAACUCGGUCCUCGGGACCCCAAGGGGUGCAGGUUUAGUUUUUUGCCUUAGCACUACACAGCUGAUUCAAAUAAUCAACUAAUCAUCAAGCUUAGAUCAUUUGAAUCAGCUGUGUAGUGUUUGACCAGAAAUCAAAACGUGCACCCCUGCAAGCUGGUCUAGGGUUUACAGAGAAUGGUACGACAAACAAAAAACAUCCAGUCAGUGGCAGUCCUGUGGGUGAAAACAGCUCGUUGAUGAUAGGUCGAACAGGCGGGCCACAGGCAAAUAACGGCGCAGAACUACAUUCCGUAAACGCACAACUCGUCAGUCCUUGUCACGGAAGGGCUAUUGCAGCAGACGACCACACUGGGUUCCACUUCUAUCAGCUAAAAGCAAGAAGAAGCGACUCCAGUGGCCACGUGAUCACCAACAUUGGACAAUUGUGGAGUGGAAAAACAUUGUCUAGUCCGACGAAUCCUGGUUCCUGUUGCGUCAUGCUGAUGGCAGAGUCAGGAUUUGGCAUUAGCAGCAUGAGUCCAUGGCCCCAUCCUGGUGUAAUGGUGUGGGGAAUGUUUUCCUGUCACACGUUAGGUCCCUUUGAUACCAAUUGAGCAACGUUUCCAUGCCCUGAAGAAUUCAGGCUGUUCUGGAGGCAAAGGGGGGUCUGACCUAGUACUUGAUGGGUGUACCUAGUACACUGGCCACUGAGUGUAAUUAUUGUAGGGUUGUCAGACCCCAUGCCACCCGUAGUCGGUGCCUACAUGUACACAUACUGACCUAUGCACAUACAGGCACACACACAAACUCACAUAACUAGGCACAAACAGGCCACAUAGGUGCAGUGUUAGUGUGUUGUAUCUAUCCAGAAGCCUGUUGUCCAAUGGAUUCACCUAAUUAACCUGGGAGCAUCUGUAGCAUUGAUCUACAGGAAGGAUAGGCCUUUCUCACACCAUAGCGUAGCUUCUCUGUGUGUGUCCAUGCGUAUGUGUGGUGUGGGCCGUUAAUUACCUCCAGAUUGAUUUGGUUAAUGAAGCAUGCUCGCUGGUAUAUACCACUGCACAUUGGUGUGUGUGUGCGCGCACAUCAGUGAGGCUGAAUCCAGCUGAGGUAAUCAGAAGCGAAGUCCUGUGUCCAAUCGAUCAGGACACUAGACCAAGGUGACAAUACAAUUACAUCUAAAAUUACAGCACAGGUAGACCAUAGCCACAAAUCAGCUAUCACCUAGCCACCCCUUACAGCACAGGUAACCCAUAGCGUUAGAACCACACCUGUUGUGUCGGAGAUCUCUAAAGCCCAGUUCAGAUCCAACAGACGAGACGGUUUUAUGCAGUUUUAGAAUUAGGUUUUCUUGAUCUGAAGCGUCUAGUUUUAGAACGUCUCAUGUCGGCUGUUGGAGUUUCCAAGGUUCAACAUGUCAAAUCUUAGCUAAAGACUUGGGAUGAGACGGAUCCGUUUAGCCAAUCAGAGAGCAGUGCGCUGACGUUCUGUGUUUAGCCAAGCAGACUGCUAGCUAGCUAUUUUGCUGCUGUUAGCGAGCCUAGCUUACUGAUAUUUAUCUGAAAAGUCACAAAGUGUGCCCUGUUUCUGGUGCAUGUAUUUCAUGAUACUUGUUUUCUACAACGCCGUUCUACAACAAGUGGCAACUUUGUACUUUGUAUCAAAGUUGUCUCGAGUCACUGAUUUACUGUUACCGUGGAAACAGUCUCAACUGCCCGUAUCGUCUUCUUGAUCUGAAUGCCCUGUCUUUAGUCAACUGUUCUUCAACACAAAAUUCUAAAACUGGCUAGUUUGGUCUCGUCUCUCCUUAUGUCGGCUGUUGUAUCUGAACCGGGCUCUAGGAGCACUGAGAUCUGGAGCUCACUCUGAGGCCUGGUCUGAAAACAGGUCUGAACCGGAUAGCACUAGGCAUUACUGGGUGAGAACUGACUUGGGACCAGUGUUAUCACUGAAGCUGGUCUGUUAUGAACACAACAGGUCCUAUUUUCCUCCACUCUCUCUUUUCCAUCUAUUUUUCAUUCCUCCUUGCUAUCCCCUCACCAUCGCUCUCUCUCAAUCCCCCCCCCCCCUCCUUUCUAUUUCCCCCCAUCUCCAUGCCUCCCUUCCUCUACAUUUGUUAUAGAUAGGAGAGAGUCAUCAGAGAAGGGUUUAAUAGUCUAAUUUCCUUAUCCUUCUCUCCUCCCCUCCUUCACCCCCUUCCUUCUCUCUUCCCCUCCUUCACCCCCUUCCUUCUCUCCUCCCCUCCUUCUCUCACGCUCUUUCUCUGUGUUUUGUACAACAAGCCCAUGUCAGUGGGGCAGGCGACGCCUGUGAUUACUCUUGGUUUAUAGUUUUAUUCAGCAGUUGUGCUUCUGGUGCUGCCAACCUCAUUCCCACUCUCUCCCAUGUGGUCACUUAUACUGAGCUGCCACACUGAAUAAGAGAGACUCACUGAGGAGCUGUAGCCAAUUGGAUGCAGUUCCUUCUAAUGGGAUGAGCAGAACUUUGUGUGCUGGUGUUGUUGGUUGUUUAUUCAGGUAUUUUAGUCUAUCACCAGGUGGGGUGAUACUAUAGCAGUAAAAAAAAUGAGUUUAAGGCAGACUGUGUGUGUGUGUGUGUACACGUGUUUCAUAUUGUCUCUUGCAGAUCAUAUCCUAAAUCAGGUGUCUCUUUCAUGUCUUAUUCUAAUGAAUCCCUCUGUCGCUGUCUCUCUGUCUCCCUGCUAGACCAUAACCUGGACCUGGUGGAGAAGGACUUCACUAUCAACACAGUGGCCGGGGCCAUGAAGGCCUUCUUCUCUGAGCUGCCUGAACCCCUGGUGCCCUACAGCCAUCAGAUCGAACUGGUGGAGGCAUUCAGUAAGACAUGGGGCUGGGGAGAGGGGUGGAGAAAGGGGGGCUGGGGAAAGAGGUUUGGGGAGAGAGGGGCUGGGGUGGGGAGAGGGGGUCUGGGGCUGGGGAGAGAAAGGGUUGUCCUUGCUCAACCUACUUGGUCUCUAUGAAGAAACCAGUGCCAUUUUAAGAUGAGGGAGGACACUUUUUUUUAUGGGCCUUAUUUCUAUUACAGCAUAUUGGAUGGCUGUCAUUCAUAUUCCAUUCACCUAGCUCAAUGUAACAUCGAUAGGUUUAGGCUACUACAUGAUAUUACAAUUUUCCCUAUACUCUUCAGGAGGUUGCUACAACCUAGGAAUGAAAGUUUACAACUUAAGUGAACAGGGCUAGAGAAAUUUGAGUAAUCAAGGUAACAGACAUUGACACAUUCAAUACCACCUUGCACUCUCUUGCCUGCAUCUAGCUGAUCUAGAGUGUAAACAUUAGUCCAACAGUUGCAAACAAUAGUUUUCUAUUAUACAUAUUCAGGUACGUUUAUCCAGUUUCAUUCCGUUUGCUUCCAUUUAAGAAAUGUUUGAACCGAAUCAGCGGAUCACACGCAAACACAGUUCACUUUCAUAGCAGCCACAUACAAACAGCAUGAUUCCUUUGAUCAUUGUAUAAUUCCUUCUCGCAUCUACCCGCUCUCCUCCUCUCACCUUUUCCCUUCGCUUGUGGACUUCAGUGCACAACACAUCAGCUGUCUAUGACCGGGCGAAAAAACCUUUACAAGCAAACCUUCAUAUCAUAACCACUAACCACUCCACACAGCAGCCUACAUUGUUGUCACCAUAUUAACGUCAUGGUCAACAUAGCUACUAGAACUAAUGCGUUAGUAAACCCGCUACAAUUAUGCAGUACAGUGUACAGUCAGCAGCAAGCAGUUUAUCAGUUACACCGGCGGGCCCUUACCUUGACUUAGAGUUCCAGUGUUUGGUAGCCAUAGCCAGCUAGCUAACAGCUUCCCUCUCUGUUUGAGCCAGGUGUUUGUGUAGGCUAAACUAGCUAGCUACAUUCACUAGCUAUGUAAGAGAAAAUAAAUACAACUAAAUAUAGCAAUCUCUCUCUCUUGCUUCUCCAUUUUUGAAGAAAUUAACUUUCUCUCUCUUUGAGUCAACUACUCACCACAUUUUAUGCUUUUAGUACUAGAUUCAUUCUUUGAUCCUUUGAUUGGGUGGACAACAUGUCAGUUCAUGAUGCAAGAGCUCUGAUAGGUUGGAGGACGUCCCGUGGAAGUUGUCAUAAUUACUGUGUAAAUCUAUGGAAGGGGGUGAGAACCACGAGCCUCCUAGGUUUUGUAUUGAAGUAAAUGUACCCAGAGGAGGAUGGAAGCUAGCUGUCCUCCGGCUACACCAUGGUGCUACCCUGCAGAGUGCUGUUGAGGCUACUGUAGACCUUCAUUGCAAAACAGUGUGUUUUAAUCAAUUAUUUAGUGACGUGAAUAUAUUUAGUAUAGUUUUAUCUAAAAAGGAUAACUUUUUCACUGAAAAUUCACUGAGGAGAAUGGUCCUCCCCUUCCUCCUCUGAGGAACCUCCACUGGAAGACGCACACAUUUGCUGUGAAGAAAGACAAACCAAAUUCAUACAGAAUGUUAGAUUAACAAGUGCACUUCUUUCCACUCCCGUCUGUCACUCCCAUUGAGUUUUGUAAUCCGUUGUCGUGUAGAUUUAAGGUGUAGGGUCGCGGCCCAGAGAUUUACCUCUACUCCGGAGGGCGGCCAUCACUCAGUGAGCAGUGUGUGCGUGUGAGCGAGGCCCCUGAGCUGUGACAAAACCCUGAUAAAACCCUGCAGCCUGCAGCAGGAGAGAGACAUACACACACUGUUUUAAAGAGUAGUUCAAAAAGUAACAAUUACAGGAUGGAUUGCAGAACUCUGUGUAUGACUGUAGACUGCAGAAGAAGUGAACACGACUGGGUUUGAAGAAGGAGCUGGAUAACGUGAAAUGCUGUGUGUGUGUGAGAGAGUGACUCCAUCUGCCUCGCACACAUGGAGCCACACAAGACUGGCUGUGUUGGAGUGCUGAUAGCUUGUCUGACUCACUCCUACCAUUGGGCUCAGCACACCCAGAGGACCUGUGUGUGUUCAUGUGUGUAUGGGUUUAUAACUGUGUGUGUGAUCACUGCUAUGCUUUAAGUCAUCGCUGACUCUCAGCUGUGAUUUCAGUUUGUGUCAGUGUGUGCCAUGCUUCCCCCCCCUCCCCGUCCCUGCAUGUGUGUGGCCUUUGUCUGGUUGUGUGUGUGCAUUCAUGUUCUUUCAUUCUUCCUCUCUAACCUCUCCUGUCUCUUGUCGCCCAAUCAGAGAUCAAUGAUAGGGAUCAGCGGGUUCACGCCAUGAAGGACAUCCUGCGCCGCUUCCCCAGGGAAAACUACGACGUCUUCAAAUACGUCAUCAACCACUUGAACAAGUGAGUGGCUAGGUGACAGGGCUGUGACAGCCAUGCUGACUACAGUAACAGUCAUCCACCCCGCGACCUUUGACCUUCCACCCUGCCCGCUAUACCCCUGGCUCCAUUGAGUCAGCUUUAAAUUCAGUCAAUUGAGUCAUAGCACAAACACUGCAGAGUUUAGAUUUCUAGACUGUUACUUUAUGAUUUAUUUCAAUUUACAUUGUGUUUUCUAUCUCUCUGUCUCUCCCUUAACCCUCCCUCAGGGUGAGCCAGAAUAACCGUUUGAACCUGAUGACCAGUGAGAAUCUGUCCAUCUGUUUCUGGCCUACUCUGAUGCGGCCCGACUUCACCACUAUGGAUGCCCUGACGGCCACGCGGACCUACCAGACAAUCAUCGAGUCCUUCAUCCACCAGUGUGCUUUCUUCUUCUACAAUCAGCCCCUGUCUGACACCCUUAGCGGGCACGCCUCCCCCACUGCCACCCUCUCCUCCCACGGGGGAACCUCGGCCUACUCCUCCUUGGCCUACAACUCUCCUUCCCUCACACCCGCUCCGGCCCCUUACGUUAUGCCCACCACGCCGCCCGUCAUCCCCCACUACGGGCCGCCCCAUACCCAGAUCCAGCAGUCCCCGCCCCACACCCCCCAGUCCCCCAUCCAGGCCCUGCUGCCUCCCCUGCACCCCCAUCACCCCCCCACGGAACAACACAUGCUGUGA